AUCAAGCCAUCGAAUUCACCACCCCAUUUGCCAAAGACCUAAGCAAAUACUAAAGUCAUUUUUAUUGUGAUCAAGCCAUCGAAUUCACCACCCCAUUUGGCCGUCCAAAGAUUUCCCAAAUAUAGAUUGCUCUGUUUCUUGAAAUCCAACCAAAGAAACUGAGUUGAUCCGGGUCAACUCGUUCUUUAAUGGCGCCUGUUUUGUUCACUUUUUCUCUCAUUGAAAACACAUCUUUUGGAUUCUUGCAUACUUUGUUUUGAUUCUUUAAGGCAUAUCUGUAAUUUUAUUGAAAAGGGUCUUCUUUUGUUUUAUUUAAUUUGAGUUCUUGAGGAAAUACAAGGCAAUUUAUUAGGGAAGAUGAGUGUUGAGAAGUCUCAGGUUUGGCAACCUUGUAAAAAGAAGAGAGUUUGAUUUUUGGGUUUGUUCGAUUUUGCCAUAUAUAUAUAGAUACAGAACAAAUAAAAUAAUGGAUGGUAUUUGUAUUAGUUUUUCUUGAGGAAUUAUUGGUGGGUUUUAAAGAUUCAUAUUGGAGAUAAAUUCUGGGGGGUUUAGAGAUAGGGUGAAAAGGAUUGAAUCUUGGACAGAAAUUGUUAUUGGGUUUUAGAGAUUCAGCAAUAAGGGUUGAAUCUUGGAGACAAACAAUGGAUGGUAUCUGUAUUUUCUGAAUAUAUUUAUAUAUUUAGGCAGAGAAAGAGAAGUUACCGAGACAUAGGUGUAGCUAGAGGGAUAUAAAUAUGGCAUCAAAAUCUUCAAACCAUAGUGCUAAUGGAGGUAGUGGGAGGACAAAAGUUGGGAGAUAUGAACUGGGAAGGACAUUAGGGGAGGGAUCAUUUGCGAAAGUCAAAUUUGCAAGGAAUCCAGAGACCGGGGAGAAUGUGGCAAUUAAGAUUCUUGAUAAAGAGAAAGUUCUCAUGCAUAAGAUGAUUGGUCAGAUUAAGCGUGAAAUUUCCACUAUGAAAUUAAUCAGACACCCAAAUGUUAUCCGCAUGUACGAGGUUAUGGCAAGCAAGACAAAGAUAUACAUUGUACUGGAGUUUGUUACUGGUGGUGAACUCUUUGACAAAAUUGCUUCCAAGGGUAGGCUAAAAGAAGAUGAAGCGAGGAAGUACUUCCAGCAGCUCAUUAAUGCGGUUGACUAUUGUCAUAGUCGGGGGGUUUUCCACAGAGAUCUUAAGCCAGAAAAUUUACUGCUGGAUGCAAAUGGUGUUCUCAAGGUUUCGGAUUUUGGUUUAAGUGCACUGCCUCAACAACUUCGCGAAGAUGGAUUGCUUCACACAACCUGUGGAACCCCUAACUACGUGGCUCCUGAGGUGAUCAAUAAUAAAGGUUAUGAUGGAGCCAAGGCAGAUCUGUGGUCAUGCGGUGUAAUUCUCUAUGUACUUAUGGCCGGUUAUUUGCCUUUUGAAGAAUCCAACCUCAUGGCGUUAUACAAAAAGAUAUUUAAAGCGGAUUUCUCAUGUCCUCCCUGGUUUUCCACAAGUGCAAAGAAAUUAAUCAAGAGAAUUUUGGACCCAAGUCCAACAACACGGAUAACUAUUCAAGAGGUUAUCGAGAAUGAGUGGUUUAAAAAAGGAUACCAGCAACCUAGAUUUGUGCAAGAAGAUGUUAGUCUUGCUGAUGUAGAUGCAAUCUUCAAUGAAACAGGGGAAUCUCUAAUUGUGGAGAGGCGGGAGGAAAGGCCUGCAGCACCUGUUCCUAUGAAUGCAUUUGAGCUCAUUUCUAAAUCUCAGGGCCUCAAUCUCAGUUCUCUUUUUGAAAAACAGAUGGGUCUCGUCAAACGAGAAACAAGGUUUACAUCCAAACAUCCUGCCAGUGAGAUAAUCUCAAAAAUUGAGGAAACUGCUACGCCCUUGGGUUUUGAUAUAAAGAAAAAUAACUACAAGUUGAAGCUGCAAGGGGAGAAAAGUGGGCGCAAGGGUCAUCUAUCUGUAGCCACUGAAAUAUUUGAGGUGGCGCCCUCACUUUACAUGGUUGAGGUUAGAAAGGCUGGAGGGGAUACUUUGGAAUUUCACAAGUUCUAUAAAAACCUCUCAGUUGGGUUGAAGGAUAUUGUUUGGAGAAAUGGAGAGGAAGCAAAAGAAUUGACUCAAGGUGUUUCCCCAACAUGAUUAUUGUGUUAAAAAAUUGUGAACAGAGGGUGAUUUUAAUUGUUCAAGUGCUUGAAGCUACAGGUUACAAACGAGUUUAUAACCCUUGUCAGUUCAAAUGCUUCCUUUUAAUAUAAAUCCACUGUAACAUAGUAGGAUGCUUGAAUGAAAAUUGCUGGUGUUGAAUAACUGGGAUGACCAAAAAGGUGUAAUUUGUGUUGGGCCGGGAUUCACAGAAACACAGUUGGAAAAUUUUAAAGUGUUGCAACUAGUUUUAGAUUGAUAGUUUCAAGUAUUUGUGUUUGCUGAGGAUUUUAUGCGACUUUUGGAUCAUUCAAUUAUGAUUUAAUUGUCGUUUGCUUUCCUAAAAUGGCACUGUGUCUCGGGUAAUGGUUAAUUUGAUCAUCAUCUAUGUUAAGGCACAUGAACUUCCCAUGUAUCCUGUCUAGUUUGCAAGAUGUAUAAAUUGUCCCUGGAUAUGUUUGAAGGCUUUAAUGCUUGAAGAGAAUAAACUAGGCCUGGGCCUAUGGAUCA